UAUUCACCGACCGGCGACCGGCCGACGAUGACGGUGGUAACGCCAUGCAACGGCGGCGCGAUAAUAACUAUAGCAUCUCUACUCCGAGAAACACAGAAAUAGACACACACGGUGCAGCCGUCCGUUAAAAAGCGCCGGGUGCCGAGUCGCGCACCCGAAUAAAAGAAUCCAAAUUUCCGGUGACCGUUUUCUCGCCGCCGACGUUUUUUGUCUCGACCGCAACGGUGUGUGCGCGUGCAGCAUCCGAUUAUAAAACACAUAUCGCGCGCGCGUGUGUGUGUGUGUCUGUGCGUGCAUGUACUCUUAGAUUUAGAUAUUCGCGUCUAAAGUUGACUGACGCUAUAUAUAAACUGUGAUUAUCGUUCUUUGUUGCUACUUCUGUUGUCAUCAGAAAGUUUCGUUAACGGACAAUGUGUGUGGAGUUGUAACGUGUAUUUUGUGCAUUCCAAAAAAAACGAAAAAUUUAAAUGUAUCACAUAAAAACUCUUGUCGCGAGAAAAUUAGAAAAAGUGUUUCACUCGAAAGGUAUUUUUUCGAGAACCUUUAUAUCACGGACGAGAUAAGAGAUAUUGCAAAAAUGACGGGGCAAGCGAUGCGUCAUUCUUCUUCACCGAGGACGAGCUCCUAGGAAUGACACUAUGAAAGGAAAAGCUCAAGAGUCGACCAUACAUGGCUUUGCGAAGCAGUAUCCCGGCUGCACAUUGUAUACCAGAAAAAAAUCGGGAGGAGUGGUUGUCGUUGGAGGGUCGAGAUCAGGUCGCGGGAUUUUAUUGAGGACAAUCGUAUUCGUCUUCCUGGCUACGUUUCUCUGGCUUCAGCUUCACGUGAUCAGUUUGACGGGUCGAGAUGAUUCCGGACAGUUCUCGUCGAACGAAACCCUUUUCUCUCUGGUACCUCAGGAAUUGCAUAGGUUUCUCAAAGAGGGACGUAACUCGACGGGUCUGGUGAACGCCAGCUCGGGAGCGCUCACGGAAUUGGAGAUCGCAGAGAUCCGGCGUAAAAUCGAGAGGGCGAAUGAGGAACAAAAAGUGUAUAAUGAGGAGGCGUUUGGGCCGUUGGCCAGCGACGCUCCGAUUAUAGUCAUCCAAGUGCACACGCGACUCACUUAUCUGCGGCACCUUAUCGUGUCGCUGGCUCAGGCCAAAGAUAUUGAACAGGCCCUUCUGGUGUUCAGCCAUGACAUUUGGCACCCAGAUAUCAAUUAUCUCGUCCAGAGCGUCGAUUUCUGCCGGGUUAUGCAGAUAUUCUACCCGCACAGCAUACAGACACAUCCGCGCACAUUUCCCGGCGAAGGACCCAACGAUUGCCCGCGAAAUAUUCGCAAGGAGCAAGCCUUAAACUUAAAGUGCACCAACGCCAAGCACCCGGAUUUGUACGGCCAUUACAGGGAAGCUAAAUUCACGCAGACGAAGCACCACUGGUGGUGGAAAGCGAAUCGGGUAUUCGAUCAGUUAUCGGUCACGAGAAAUCACACGGGAAUGGUGCUUUUCCUCGAGGAGGAUCAUUACGUCGCGGAAGAUUUUCUGCACGUGCUCAGACUCAUGGAACGCACUUGCAAGCUCAAUUGCGAGAGAUGCAACGUUCUGUCGUUGGGUACAUAUUUAAAGACGUACAACUAUUUUGCGGAUUUUAGUCGUAAGUUUCUCGGCGUCGAUAGCGCUCUGCAGAAGGAGAUGCUGCGCGGACUAAAGCGGCAGGAGGCGAGGGUGAUGCAGAGACAGCAGAUCGGCAACGGGGAACUCGACGGCGCCAAUCACGCCAACUCCGCUCCCGGGAUCAGUAACGGAAGUAUCGGCGGCAGUGGUGGCCGAGGAAACGGCGGCGCGUCCUCCACCUACUAUCAAAACGCUAACAUGGUGCAAGCGGCGCCCGCAUGGGCCUUCCAACUCCUGCCCAGUCUCUACAAUCACUAUCAGAAGGCGGAAGUGACACCUUGGAUAUCUAGCAAGCACAACAUGGGCAUGGCGUUCAAUCGCGUUACGUGGAACAAGCUGCGAAAAUGCGCCGCGCAGUUUUGCUCGUACGACGAUUAUAAUUGGGACUGGAGUCUGCAGUACAUCGCGCAGACCUGUCUACCGCCCAGCAGAGGUGCCGGAAUAGCGCCUCGCGCCGAGUCGGGAUUGAUCACCAUGACAAUGAGAGCUCCGAGAGUCUUCCAUAUCGGCGAAUGUGGAGUGCAUCACAAAAAGGACAAUUGUGAAUCGACAGCAGUGAUAGCGAAAGUUCAAAAUGUUCUUAAAUCGGCGCGCAAUCAUCUGUUUCCCUCGCAAUUGACGUUAACAAUCGCCGGAACGGCGAAGAAGACGAAGCUCCGAAAGGGCAACGGCGGUUGGGGUGACGUUCGAGAUCAUCAACUCUGCUGGAACAUGACUGUCCAGCCGGAUCUAGUCUUGCCUUGAUAAUGGCGAAUUUAUAUUGAUGAUCGCCGAUCUCCAGUAGAAUGCGUUACGAAUGAUAGUGAUAGGAUUGAUUCACCCAAAAUCUUACGAGUCUUGCGACUAUAUUUGGGGCGCUCCAGUUUCUAUAGAAAGUUCGAAGAAAAAAGGAGAAAAUGUUAUCAAAAAAUAUUUGUCGUUCCUAUCCGUGAAUCAAUUUCAAAUAAUUGUGAGAUGAAGACGAUCACUAUCACUGCCUCAAAUAUUCCGUGGAUAUUUCGCCAAGAUAAUAACAAAACAUUGCACACGAAGAAAACGAGAGAAGACAUCGGGCUCAAAUUGGUGCUAUUCUGAGAGUACUGUGGUAUCCAUGUAAUUCGAUCGACACUAAACUGUGUCUGUCGUACUUGACGCAAAAUAACGCGAAGACAGUAAAAAGAACAGAAAAUCUAUAGACAAUUGCAGAUAAAUUAGCGAACGAUAGAUUUCGCAAAUAUGUGAAGAAGUAUUCGAUAUCUCUCGGCGGAGACAUUUAUUCUACAUUGCGUUAUCCGCAAAAACUAGUGUGAUAAAAUAUUAGAAAUAAGAUAAAGUUUCUUCAAACGCAGGUUCUGAAAUGAUGUUUUUUCAGGCGCGUUUUCGCUCGAGGAGAAAAAACAGAUGUAUUCUCGCUAGUGAGAAUACGAUGGUAACGUGAGAAUACGAAUACGAAUCAAGUGUUUGAUCUAAAGCUUAAACAUGUAUCACUAUUUUAAGGGCCUAUGUGACGCGUAUCGGCGAGAAAAAAAAACAACCGCGUACGCAUGUUUAACUUCCUUAUCGUUUGUAACGAAACUGCAGAUAAACGUAAAGUUGAUAAACAAAGUACACGGAAAGUCUCUCUAAAGUAAUGAGAGUAACACCGUAAAACUUUAUUUAUUACAUUAAUGCAUUUUGAAAAGGCAGUGUUUAGAGCGAAAAUAUCUCGUUUCUUGAGAAAAUUAUAUUAUUUUGCAGAAAUUCAGAAUAUAUAUUAGUCGAUAUUAUUCUGUUAAUAAAUGUUUACAAAAUUAAUUUCGAAGUUAAAGAUUAAGUGCGAAUCAUGAGGUUAAAUAUUUUAUAUAAAAUAUUUGAGAAAUCGUAAAAAUUUAUUCAUUACAUUUAUUUAUUACACUAAUACAUUUCGAAAAUGCAAUGUUUAGAGCGAAAAUAUCUUGUCUCUGGAAAAAAUUAUUUUGCAGAACCUCAAAAUAUUUGUAUAUUAGUCGAUAUUAUUGUUUCGUUAAUAAAU